UUUCCAUGACAGAGUUUCAACAAAUAUCUAGACUGUACUGUCUAGCUAGCUAGGGUGCGGCGUUUCAGUAGACGGUCAGAAAACUUUGUUGCGACAAACGCGAGGCGCCUACGGAUACUAAAUUUAGAUAGCCUCUACAUGCAUGAGAGGCAUGCAGUACAGCAAGCUACGCGCGGGGGAGUCUAUAGCGUGUAGGAGCGAUCACAUUGAGCUACCACAUGACAAUCGAGAUCAUAUGACUUGAUUGCUUGCUCGUCGUUUCGUCAUCAACGAAGAAUUGAAAGGAGACGCAGUGACGAUUGACGACAAGUUGCUAACGUAAAGAUGAGCGGUCACAGAUUAUUUGGGGUUCAACAGAACCCCGACGAGCAAGAGCUUAUCUCUGAAGCUAGACGAGACUCACCAAAGUAUUUCACGCUAACGUUGACACGAUCAAAGACGAUAUACAUUCCACUGCCUAUAGCCAACAUUAUUCUCAGCAUUCUCAAUGUUAUCGCUCAGGUUGGAAUGACAGAGGCGCUUUCUGUCUACACGACGUCUCUUGGCACUCACCAGGCAUGCGGUACAUCUCAAGAGAUCACCGGUCCAUACUUCGUUCUUUUCUUUACAGCAUUCUGGUUUCCUAUCGUUUUUUUCGCGUGCGUUUUGGUGGCAAAGCUUUUGAACAGCAGCUUUUCCUUACGUUUGAGUUGCUCGCAAAAGCAAGUUGCUCUCAUGGGUUUCUUGAACGCUCUCAACGGUGUGUUGAUCGUGUAUUCUAGUCCAACAGAUCGAACGCCGCUGUUUCUACAACCCAUUCUCAGCACGUCCGUCAUACCGUUUACGGUCAUUCUCAGAUUUUUCGUCCUUAGGAAAGGUGUCAGUGGCGGCAGGCUCGUCUGCACAUUUGCUGUGCUAGUUGGACUCAUAAUUUGCAUGGAGCCAUCUAUCUUCGGUUUGGGAGAGAACACCGGUUCUUCCAAAAAUCGCACUGCAACUAAAAUUUACUGGCCAAUUUUGUUCUGCAUCGGAUUUGUUCCGUUAGGUCUUAUCAACGUUCUUCAAGAAAAAGAAGUUAAGACAGACGACAAACGUACGUCAGAAGAUGAGACCGUGCCUGACAGACAAGAAGUUCAUACUCUUCUCUUUCAAGCAUGGAUGCAGCUGUAUAGCUUUAUAUGUCUUGGUGCACUUUUUUGGACAGCAUUUAUUCCACACUUCGGUAUCAAUAGCAACUGGAGUGAUUUCUCUAAUCACAUGAAAUGGGGAUAUGACUGCCAUUUUGGACACGGACCUAUCUACAACUGUACGAAUUCAACGUCGACGCCGACGACAUACUACUUGGAUCCAGGGUCUGACCCUAAUUGUCAAAUACCUGUUGGUCGUUGCUGGAUUUUUGUCUUUUUCUACUGCAUGGCAAAUCUGAUUAGUCUCAUGCUCAUCAAAUAUGCAGAAGGUGCUGUCUUCUUAGUGAUUGUCAACGCUCUUAUUACACCGGUCGGCACGUUUUUCAAUACUCUCUUUCAACUGAAGGAAGAUAACGGAGAUUUCUUAUGGAGCCCGUCAGUUGAUGUCGACUUCUACUACGCUCUUGCAGGCAUUGCGAUUAUAGUUCCUGCUGUGUUGGGCUACAACUACAUAGGGCAAAGAGAAACUAGACACACGCGUCAUUGACUUUAAACAAACAGUGAUUCUUCACUAUUCUCUAGUCAACUUUAAGUAGAGCACUUUUAAACAAACAGUGAUUCUUCACUAUUCUCUAGUCAGCUUUAUGUAGAGCACUUGUCUAUAGAAUAGACACUAUGGCUUUAGGCAUGCUUCAUUCUGUUGCUGUUUUCUACUUUGAUGUGAUAUGCAUAAUAGGACACUUAAUCCUACUGCUAGUAUUCCAACUACAAUACAGUGUAUACGUGCAUCAUCUAGAGAUGUUUCGAUUACUUAAUAGUGA